AGCAACCGAGGUGGAGGUUUGAAAGGCCAUACAUUUUCCAGAAGGGUUGUGGCCUUAUCUCCCUCUCUUCUUCUUUAUCUUGGUUCUGCGCCCCAUUCCCUCCUUUGAAAAGCCUCCACGCCUCCCUCUACCCGUCUCAGUAUUUCUAACGUUUUGCAUUUAUACGUUUAUAUUAUUUAAGUACUUUUUAGCAAGCACAGUCUUGUCACUAAAUACGGUAGUUUUGCUUUUAAAGAUGGCUUCUUUCAUAGGCGUUUCGUCCAUUUACAGAACUCCAACACUCGAGCUCUGUAGAAGGACGACAACAUUAACAACAACGCCUCUGCUUUCGUUACCAUUAUCGGACAAGUCUCAUCUCAUUAAUGUUCCGAAAGCCUACAACACCGGCCAAAAGCCCUUCUCUUUCGAAUCCGGCGGUACACUUAGGAGUGGCUUCAAGCAGCAGAGCCUUGGUUUGGUUCCGUCCGCGAUUGCGACCCCCAAUUCUUCGGUACUAAGUGAAGCAGCAUUCAAAGGCCUCAGUGGUGGUUCCCCAGAAGACUCUCUGGAUGAAUAUUAUGACUCUGAGGUGGAACCAUCUUCUGCUGCCUCUGCGGGUGAGGAAGAAGUCACCAUUUCCAAAUUGGGUUUGCCUCAGAGUCUCGUCGAUACCCUCGAGAGCCGUGGGAUUACUCACCUUUUCCCCAUUCAAAGAGCUGUUUUAGUCCCAGCACUGGAAAGUCGAGAUCUCAUUGCUCGUGCAAAGACUGGGACUGGGAAGACGUUAGCCUUUGGGAUCCCAAUUAUUAAACGCCUUUACGAAGAUGACAAACAAAGAGGGUCUCAGAGGCGGUCUGGUCGUCUUCCUAGAGUUUUGGUUCUUGCACCUACACGGGAGCUAGCAAAGCAAGUGGAAAAAGAGAUUAAAGAGUCUGCACCUUAUUUAAAUACUGUAUGUGUUUAUGGAGGUGUUUCUUAUGUCACACAGCAGAAUGCACUUUCCCGUGGAGUUGAUGUAGUUGUUGGGACUCCUGGUCGAAUAAUCGACCUGAUAAAAGGUAAUAGCCUCAAAUUGGGGGAAGUUCAAUAUUUGGUCCUUGAUGAAGCUGAUCGGAUGCUUGCGGUUGGCUUUGAGGAGGAUGUGGAAGUAAUUUUGGAAAAGCUUCCACGUGCGCGUCAGAGCAUGCUGUUUUCUGCAACUAUGCCUGGUUGGAUAAAGAAACUGACACGGAAAUAUUUGAAUGACCCGUUGACAAUUGAUUUGGUUGGUGAUCAAGAUGAAAAGCUCGCUGAAGGGAUAAAGCUUUAUGCUAUAACAGCCACUGCAACUUCGAAGCGCACCAUUCUUAGUGACCUUAUAACGGUAUAUGCAAAGGGUGGGAAGACCAUUGUUUUCACACAGACUAAACGUGAUGCCGAUGAAGUCUCAAUGGCAUUAACAAAUAGCAUUGCUUCCGAAGCAUUGCAUGGAGAUAUAUCUCAACAUCAAAGGGAAAGAACAUUAAAUGGAUUUCGACAAGGGAAAUUCACAGUGCUUGUCGCCACUGAUGUUGCAUCCCGCGGACUUGAUAUCCCAAAUGUUGACCUAGUUAUUCACUACGAACUCCCCAAUGAUCCAGAGACUUUCGUGCAUCGCUCUGGUCGUACUGGACGUGCAGGAAAAGAAGGUACUGCCAUUCUCAUGUUUACUAGUAGCCAGAGGAGAACAGUGAGAUCCCUUGAGCGUGAUGUGGGAUGCAAGUUUGAGUUUGUUGGCGCACCAUCUAUCGAAGAGGUUCUGGAGUCAUCUGCUGAGCAAGUAGUUGCUACUCUAACUGGAGUUCAUGCCAAGUCUAUAGAGUUUUUCACGCCAACUGCACAAAAAUUGAUUGAAGAACAGGGAAUAGGUGCUCUUGCGGCUGCACUAGCACAAUUGAGUGGAUUCUCCCAACCUCCUUCAUCCCGGUCUCUUAUAAAUCAUGGGCAGGGAUGGGUUACAUUGCAAUUGACUCAACAUCCACCUUAUUCUAGUAGAUACCUGUCUACUAGAUAUGUCACUGGGCUUCUUUCUGACAUUUACCCUGCAGCUGCUGAUGAAGUUGGAAAAAUACAUCUAAUUGCUGAUGAAAGGGUUCAAGGAGCUGUUUUUGAUCUUCCAGAGGAGAUUGCAAACGAGUUGCUGAAUAGGCAAACACCACCCGGAAACACUAUUUCCAAGAUUACCAAGUUGCCUGCCUUGCAAGAUGAUGGCCCUCCAAGCGAUUAUUAUGGCAGGUUUUCUAGCAGGGAUCGGAAUAACGGACGUGGAUCUAGGGAUCGGAGAAGUCUUAGAAGCUCACGGGGUUGGGGCAAUGGUCAAAAUUCUGACAGUGAUGAUGGUUUUUUUAGUAGUGGCAAUCGGAGUUAUAGAACUGAUAACAGCUGGUCGCGGUUUUCAAAGAGCAGUGGGGAUGAUUGGCUGAUUGGGGGUAGACAGUCAAGAACCAGGGACAGAGGCUUUGGAGGUUCCUGUUUUAAUUGUGGCCGGUCUGGGCACAAGGCAUCAGAAUGCCCAAACAAGAAAAGCUAUUAGUUGUGCCGCAGUCUACAUGAGGUUUCAAUGCCCCAAGUGGGUGUAAGGCGGCUGCUGCUGCUUAAACUUGCUUUGAACUUAUAUCUAUCUUGAAUCUCUUGGUACUGAUGAUAUUUCCCAACCAUAGAGAUUCUGUUGUGUUCUGCAUUGUUAUAUUCGUCUUUAAAAUGUGACAGUUAUUUUGUUGUAACUGGUGCUUCAGCAUUUGGUGAAUGGAUUCCCCGUUCUAAACGCC